GUCAUCAUUAAUAAGCUUUUUUAGCUUUGUGAACCUAGUCAUUUUUUGCAAAAGAUUUGCUUUUAAAUGGUAGUGGUUUGCAAUCCAAUAGUCUGCUCUGCAAUUUGCCGCUCUGCAAAGUUCCCUCAGUGGGCCCGCGUUCAUACGUCAUCAACGUGCGAUCAAGAAAACGACCGCCAAAGUUAGACAGCCGAAGCAUGGACAACGUCGAAAAAAAUAAAAAAGGGAUGCGGACCCGGGGCAAAAAGAAAACCGAGGGCAUGAACACAUUGGAGGAGAUACCUGUCAUUAGUGGUUCUGCCAUGGCACCUACCGCACAGCUGGGACUUAAGCAAAAAUCCAAUGAGUUGGAGAUGUUUAAGCUGAGGGUAGAGUGGCAAAAGGAGAAGAUUGCUGAGCUGACUAAGGAGAGAGACUAUCUCAAAGACCAGUUGGCAUCAGCUCUCAAAAAGGAUGACAAAGGUUCCAUCAAGGAAAUAAACUUGUCUUCAGAUUCUUCUGGUGACAGCCCAGUGGAAUCUUCCUCUGAUAUGUCUGAUUCCUCCUCGUCCUCAUCAGAGGAGGACAAGAUAAAAAAGAGAAAGAAGAAGGGAAAAGGGAAAAAAUAUAGGAAGAAGUCAAAGAAAAUCAAACCAAAGACACGGCAGAGAGGUAAAAAAAGCUACUUUGACCCCUUUCCACGUUUCCAUUGGUUCCUGCUUAGCUCUGCUGUACAAUUGCUCCUCUAGGUUGGUUCCUCCAACACAACAUUAAAUGUGUGAUUUUUAUUGGUGCUAACUAACUAUUUUACCAUAAACACAGUGCGUUCUGGAUUCAUGGAACCUGGUAAAAGGUAAUUCCACCUCAAAGCAGAUUUUUUUUUUUCCCGUGCCCUUUUAAGCACAUGCACAGGCGAAGUUUGUGAUUUAUAUUCUCAAAAGAUUUUCAUGCUAGAGGCAUCAGAUAAUAACCUUUUAUAGGUAGUUUCCUGUUUCCUGUAAAGAGGAUUGUGUCCCCAUUUAGUGUUUUUAAUGUUUGAAUUUUUUUAAUCAUAUUUCACGAGCCCACUGAACUUGUCUGACAAACUGAACAAAUUAAACAAAUACAUUUCCACUUAUGCAACCCUUUCAAAGUGCAGUGUGUAGGAUUUAGUGGUAUCUAGUGUUGAGGUUGCUGAAUUGUAAGCAAGCAUUAAUUUAUCUACAGUAUAUUAAUAGCAUUCCUAAACUUGGUCCCACUUUGGAUGGUCAGACUUUAUGUGGGACAAAUUUCAAGAACACCUGAGAUGCAAGCAGAAGGCAUUUGUUGAUUUG